GCGCGCGUUUCGCGAUGGUGUUGCAAUCGGCUAGAUUACUAUAGAUUGCGGCUACUUCGCUGACAUAUCGCCUCUGUCGCGGAGCGGUUGGUAGGGGACUGAGACCAGCCGCGCCUCACCACGGUUUGUGCAUGCACACGCCAGUCGCCGAGCUGUCCGUCGCUACCUCCGAGGCCUGUGCAAGACGGAUGAUGGACAUGAGAGCUCGGCCUUGCUGUUUCGCCGCGUUCCUGGAUCGGUGACUGGCGCGGAGCCCCACCUGCCGCAUCCUUGCACAAACGUCACUCCUGCCCCGCGGCCUUUCACCUCGAACGCACCGUAAACACUCUUGUGCACGGCUAUACAGCCCACCAUGGCGUCGAACAUUCUUUUCCUCCCGUUUCGGCGGUCGCACACCGUGUCCCUCUCCGAAGCCAUCAAGCAGUACAUCUCGUCCAAGUAUGACCAGCAUCCGGACAUGUUCACCAAGGACCUGGAGAUCAUCGAGAAGAUGCGCUCCACGGCCAUCCACGGGCAAGAACCACAUCCGAGCAAUAUACCCAAGCUUCAGGCGUAUGCUGCGGAGCUAGUAUGGAUAAGCGGGAAGUUCCCCAUCGACAUUGGCGUCGACUUCCCGUGGUAUCCUGCCCUAGGAUACAACGUCAGCCGGCCGGUAUCCCGGAAUAACCUGCGAUUCGAGCUAGCCAACAUCGUGUUCAACCUUGCCGCCAUGUAUUCCCAGCUAGCCAUGUCCUCGAAUCGGAGCACGCCCGAUGGGUUGAAGGUCGCUGCCAACAACUUCUGCCUUGCUGCCGGUGUGCUGUCCCAUCUCCGAGAUGCCGUGCUUCCCGAGCUGCGGACGACGCCUCCCGAGGACAUGGACACAAUGACGCUGGAAUGUCUGGAGAAGCUCAUGCUAGCACAGGGCCAGGAGUGCUUCUGGCAAAAGGCGGUAAAAGAUGGCCUGAAGGACGCAACAAUUGCAAAGCUGGCCGCGCGCGUGUCGGACCUCUACAACGAAGCUGGUGAAGCGGGAAUACAGUCGGACUCCAUAAGCAGCGAGUGGAUACACCAUAUGACGGCGAAGCACCACCACUUCGCCGCGGCUGCACAGUUCCGCGCUGCUUGCGAUUGUUUAGAGAAGCGAAAAUACGGAGAAGAGGUGGCGAGGUUACGUGACAGUCAGACCUGCGUCAACGAGGCUUUGAAGGAGCAGCGGUACAUCAACAAGGUGGUCCUAGCUGAUCUAAACGGUCUGAAGAAUAGAGUCACAGAAGAUCUGAAGCGGGCGGAGAAGGACAACGACAUGAUCUAUCUACUACCUGUACCGCCUAAGGCCGAGCUGAAGAUUCUCGACAGAGCCAACAUGGUGGUCUCCAGGAUACCGAAGGAAGUUUCCGACUCCAGCUCUAUGCUUGGCGAACAUGGCGAGCUUGGACCUGCGCUGUUUUCCAAACUCGUGCCUUACUCGGUGCACUUGGCUGCCAGCAUCUAUGUCGACCGGCGAGAUCGCUUGGUCAAUAACACCAUCAUCGAGGAGCUGGAGGCGCUCACGAGUCAGAUUCACGAAGUGCUCAGGAGCCUAAACCUUCCAGGCUCGCUCCAAGCCCUUGAGAAGCCGCUUGGCCUGCCACCUGGUCUAGUCGCUCAUGCCGAGGAGAUCCGACAACAGGAUGGACUCAACCGGCUGCUACGUUCUAUGGAAGACACCAAAAAGCUGAAGAAGAGCGAUCAGGCUAUUUAUCAGGAAGGAUGCGACAUCCUCAAGUCAGAAGCAGCUGAGGAUGAAGGAGCACGCCUCAAAUAUGGGACCGAUCGAUGGAGCCGACCACCCGCCGAGCAGGCCGCCCCUAAGCUGUAUGCCCAGAUAGGGGAGAUUGACGGCUACUUCAAGGCAGCUGCUAACAGCGACAACAUCGUCAAGACAAAGCUCAAAGAGAACGAACAUCUCAUCAGUCUGCUGAAUGGUUCGGAUUACGAUCUUGAGAAUUAUGUCCCGAGCGGUCGAAGACCCGCAAUCACUGGUGAUGUGGAGAGGGAAGCCGGGAAGCUUCGAGGAUGCUUCAACGAAGUCAGCCGUCUGGAGAGUCGGAGGCGGCGGAAAAUUGAGGCCCUGAGGACUAAAGCAAAACAAGAUGACAUAAACCCCGAACUGCUCCGCGAAGCAGCUCGCUUAGAGCGGGAGUACCCUAUGCAGAACAUUGAGGCUGUACAGUUUGAGGGCCUCUUCGACAAGCGACUUCAGAUGUACGAUGUUGACCAGGACAUGGUCAAGGACGAAGCGAGAGAGCAACAAGAGGCCACCAAGCGUCUCCAAGACGCCAAUGCUGCGUUUGUGAAUGCGCGACGAGGCGACCAGUCGACGAAGCAGCGCGAACAGGCGCUGCAGAGCCUUGAGAACGCGUACUUCAAGUACAAGGAGAUCAUCUCCAACCUUGACGUCGGAAGAAAGUUCUACAACGAUCUUGCCAAAAUCGUGAAUAGGUUCCGAGACGACUGCCGCAGCUUCGCUUAUCAGCGGAAGCAGGAGGCAUCGCAGAUUGAGGGUGACAUUGCAACCGCAAUGAGUUCGCUCAAUCUUCAGCAAACGAACUCGAACUCGCUCCAGCAGCAGCGGCAGGUGGACGCUCAGAAUCCGCAAUACGGUGCGGAUGCUCACGCAGAAGAGCCUUUGACAGCGCCGACGCCUACAAGAGCCAGCGUCGGUCCGCACGCGGGAAUGUGGACGCCAGAGGUGGGCAUCCGGUUUGCGGGAGUGCCAACAGCAUCCGGCAACCCUCGACCUGCGGCGGGUCCUUCACAGGACGGACGAUGGGAUCCUACGAGAGGAUUGAAAUUUGGAUGAUUGCUUGGCGCCUGGUAUUUGUUUGACUGUGGAUUGCCUCGUCGGGCAACAUGCUGCAGAGCUUAAUAAUGAGCGGGAGGCAGUUGCUAUUAUUAUCGCUGGCCGCU